AUGAAUGAGUUUGAGAUGACCGGUCUAGAAAAUAUGGUUUAUUUUCUAGGGAUGGAGAUUAUGUACUCUGAGAAAGGCAUAAUUUUACAUCAGCUAAAAUAUGAACUUGAGCUUCUGAAGAGAUUUGAGCUGCUGAAUUGUAAAGUAGUUGUCACACCUGCUGAUACAAAUCAGAAAUUGGAUUCUGAUUCUGAUGGUGAUGAUGUAUAUGCGACAAUGUUCAAGCAGUCGGUAGAUUCUCUGAGGUAUUUGUGUAAUACCAGAGCUGAUAUUUUCUAUGCAGUUGGAAUGAAUUUCAAAGCUGCUGUAAGAAUUUUGAGGUAUAUAAAGGAAACUCUGAAGUAUAGAGUUUUGUUCUCUUCUGGUGCUGAACCAGACUCAGAACUUCAGAGUUACUCAGAUUCUGAUUGGUGUGGAGACAAAGUUGACAAAAGAAGUACUUACGGGUACUUGUUUAAGUUUUUGGGAAGUCCUAUUUCUUGGUUUUCUAAGAAACAACCAAUUGUUGCUUUGUCAACCUGUGAAGCAAAAUAUAUUACAGGUAAUCUUGGCAGGUAA